ACCAGCAUCCAAUAUGGCGACUUCCACAGGAGAGGAUGGAAAGGCUGUUUGUACCUCAGAUGUGGAUUUAUUACUGCACCCCGAGCUUUUGUCUCGGGAUUUUAUGCAGUUAAUAUUAAGUGAGAAACACGUCAGCAUCAGCAGGUGUGAGAGUCGGGACCGCCUCACAGAGAUUUACCUUCGACAUGUGAUCCCGCUGCCGCAGAGGACUUUACCGAACAGUCGCUGGGGCAAAAGGAUGGAGAAGAGCCGGGGGAGGCAGACCCCGGCGGGUCAAAGGUCACACAGUAACGAUCACAAUAGAAAAAGGCCUGUGAUUGUGUUCGAUGGCAACUCCUCCAACUCUGGCCCAUUAAAAGUAAAGAAACCCGAGGGAACCUCUGCGUCAACUGGAAUCACCGACAGGUUAAAACCGCCCCCUGCUGCAAACCUGCACAACCCCAUCCGCAAGUUAUCUGGAAACACGACAUCCUCUUCCUCAUCCAUCCACAGCAGCCCGGACGCAGCCAGUCUGAAACGGGAAGCCAAUAGCUCGGGUUCAAUGAACUCUCCAGAGGCGAAGAAAAAGAUCCAGCAUGUGACAUGGCCCUGACCGAUGCCCCUCUUCACACAGACCUGAUGGGAGCCCACACUCCAACUUAAUGUUGUUGCUAACCACCUCUUACUCUCUCAAUCGUUGUUGUCUCACUAACGGCAUCACGGACAGGGAUAAAAAAAACAAACUUUUAUCCUGUGUGAAGGCCGAUCACAGCUCUGGUUCUGGAGCUGUAAGCAGAUAGGAUGAUGUGGAGUAAAGAGCUUCCUCUUGCUUUCCCUCAACCUCAAGUGGCCUUACCAUCAAUGAUAAGCAACUCAACUUAAAGUCCCCCCACAUGGAGACCUAGAGGAGAAAAUACAACUUGUUUUCUGAAAUAAAUUUAUGGAAAUGAUGGUUGUUGAUAUUCUGUUUCUGGGCACGAUUUGGUUCUGUCAAGAAGGGAGGGAUAGUAAGUCAUGAAGAGAUUUGAUUUCAAAUGCCACUGUCUCUCAUAGUUGUCAUUGUUGAAUAAAUAUUGAACCUCAACAAGAUGGACCUGAGAGGCUUUUUGUACAAGUAAACAGGCAGUGAUUAAAUCACAGUAUUUCUCUGGUGUACCUUUAGAAAAAAAAAAAAAAAAGAAUCCAACCCCUGAUUAUGCUGAAAAUGCUGCGGUGGUACUUAGUGUCAGUCUUAUUAAACUCCAUUUCACUGAGGUUUGUAGUCAUUAAAUCCUUUGUGCUAUUUCACAAAAUGUUCAGGUUUUUUCAGAAUAAAAGCAGAGCGGUAUUGGAACACGAUGAGACGAGAUGUCUAUUGCUAAUUUUGUCACAAUAGGAAGCAGGGAGCUUACAUUCAUGUGUGUGAAUAUACAACUUUUUAAUAACACAAACAAUUAAAAGGAAUACGACCUAAA